AUAUGGCGACGUCCGUAACACUGCAAGGUUUCAUUACAAUUUAAAUGAUCUUAUUUUAAAAUGAGUCGAGCUGAGCCACGACAUCCUUCUUCAGAGCCGAUUUAACAAACGCGUUAUAACGCACAGACGAUAACUGAGCUGCAUUUUCGACCUUUAUAUCGUUAUCUCCGGCACACUGUAUUUUGACUUUUCAGUGUUGCCUCCAGAAUAUUACAGUCCAUGGUUUGCCCUGCCUCCUGCCUGCGUUUGUCCAAUAAUAAUUGACUCUUAUCAGUAGAUUUCCAGUAGAUCAGUACAUUCCCUCUGAAGAUGACGGAAAGAAUGUUUGAAGAGAAACAACAUGCCUCCCUCUAUCAAAAAUAUAGAUUUGAUCCACCAGAUGAGCUGAAGGCGCUCCUUCUCCAGUAUCUGGACAAGAAGAAAGGAAAGCCCCAUCAGCUGGCUGUGGAUUUGGGCUGUGGAACGGGGCAAACCUCUCGUCCCCUGACAGCAUAUUUUGAGCAAGUUGUUGGCAUUGAUGUCAGUAAAUCUCAGGUGGAGCAGGCUAAAGCAGUGCCAGGCUUCCCUAACCUUAGCUACAGAGUGGGCACAGCAGAGGAGCUGCCAUUCCCGGAUGGCUCAGUAGACCUGCUGACGGCUGCGUCUGCAGCUCAUUGGUUUGACACCGAGCGUUUCUUAAAGGAGGCUGCACGUGUCCUGAAGCCACGUGGCUGCUUGGCUCUCCUUGGCUAUGGAGACAAUCUGAAAAUACACUACGAAUCCUGUGGUGAUCGACUUAAUAACAUAUAUGAGGACGUAAAGCAAAUACUGCUGCCUUAUACGAGCAGUAGGGUAACUGGGGCCAACAGCAAGCUAAAGGACUUAUUUGAAGCCAUACCCUUCCCAGAAAAAGAGAGAAUUGAAAUAAUUCCAGUAAGGAAGCAGCUGAGCAUCAAGAAUUUAAUUGGUUUUAUUCAGACCUUCUCCAUGUACCAAGCCUAUCUCAGAGCCGAUCCGAGUGCUGCAACCGCGCUGCUGGAGAGAACAACAUCUCGUAUUCUAGAGGAGAUGAAAGUGUCAUCAACAGAGGCCAAAGUUGACUUUAUAAUGGAGUACUUCUGUGUGCUUGCCUGUAAACCUGAGUGACGCACGACUCAUCUCAAAUGUAUCUCGUCCCUGGUGUUUAGCUGCUGUAGUGCUGUGCUAUAGUAGUACUAAAAGUACAUUUUACAUUCUUAAUCGAGUAUUUCGCACAUUUUUGGUCUUACAAUCUCAUUUUUUUUAUAAUUACACAUGAAAGAUUCUAAAAUCAUUAACCAUUUAAUAUUUGCACUGUGCAUUAUGAUGUUGCAUAAUGAUAAUGAUAAUUUAUUUUCACUACUGUAAUUUUGUUUAAAAUAACAAAUAAAAUCUAUGAUUUAUA